CAGCAGUGGGCAUGCAGUACAACUUGGUACGGUGUCUGAAACAGUUGAACUUGGAAGCCACAAUGAAUCCUCUGCGCACCCUUUGCGUUCUGGCCUGCCUUCUGGCAGUCGCCAUGGGUAACCCCCAGUCUGGUAACCGUUCCGGUCGCCGAUCCAACUCCCUGGACAAUGUGGAGCAGCCCAGCAACUGGUUGAACCCACGGGAAAUCGAGGAUCUGCCCAACCUGAAGCAGGUUAGCCUUAAGAAGCUGCAGGAGAUGAGCCUGGAGGAGGGCGCCACGCUGUUGGACAAGCUCUACCAUCUGUCCCAGUUCAACCAUGUCUUCCAGCCCGAUUACACCCCGGAACCCAGCCAAAUCAAGGGCUACAUUGUCGGCGAGCGCGGCCAGAAGAUCGAGUUCAACCUGAACACUCUGGUGGAGAAGGUGAAGCGCCAGCAGAAAUUCGGCGACGAUGAGGUCACCAUCUUCAUCCAGGGCCUGCCCGAGACCAACACCCAAGUGCAGAAGGCAACCAGGAAACUGGUGCAGGCCUACCAGCAGCGUUACAACCUCCAGCCCUAUGCGUCCACCGAUUACUCCAGCGAGGAGCAGAGCCAGAGGAGCUCCAGCGAGGAGCAGCAAACUCAGCGCAGGAGGCAGAACGGUGAACAGGAUGACACCAAGACCGGAGACCUGAUUGUGAUCCAGCUGGGCAAUGCCAUCGAGGACUUUGAGCAGUACGCCACCCUGAACAUUGAGCGCCUGGGCGAGAUCAUUGGCAACCGUCUGGUUGAGCUGACCAACAACGUGAACGUGCCCCAGGAGAUCAUCCAUCUGAUUGGCUCUGGACCCGCUGCCCAUGUCGCCGGAGUGGCUGGACGCCAGUUCACCCGCCAGACCGGACACAAGUUGCGCCGCAUCACCGCCCUGGACCCCACUAAGAUCUACGGCAAGCCCGAGGAGAGGCUGACCGGACUGGCCCGUGGUGAUGCUGACUUCGUCGAUGCCAUCCACACCUCCGCCUACGGCAUGGGCACCAGCCAGCGAUUGGCCAACGUGGACUUCUUCCCCAACGGACCCUCGACCGGUGUGCCCGGUGCCGAUAAUGUGGUUGAGGCCGCCAUGCGUGCCACCCGCUACUUUGCCGAGUCCGUGCGUCCCGGAAACGAGAGGAACUUCCCCGCCGUGGCCGCCAGCUCGUACCAGGAGUACAAGCAGAACAAGGGCUAUGGCAAGCGCGGCUACAUGGGCAUCGCCACCGAUUUCGAUCUGCAGGGCGAUUACAUUCUGCAGGUGAACUCCAAGAGCCCCUUCGGCAGGAGCACUCCCGCCCAGAAGCAGACCGGCUACCACCAGGUCCACCAGCCCUGGCGCCAGUCCUCCUCCAACCAGAACCAGGGUUCCCGCCGUCAGUAGAUCAUCGCACAGUGAUCCAUCGAUGACAACCAGAUCGCACACCCCUCAUGCGAGCGAACCACUCCAGCCCCAUCCUCAUCCAGCAGAAGCCUCUGCCAGUUACAUCCACUAUGUAUAGUUAGCUUUGUUUUUUAAUUCACAAUAAAAACCUUUGCAAUUUUAAA